AUUAUGGAAAAUGGCGGCUUCCAAAUCGAAAUGGCUUCUUUAUGUCAAAAUGUGUUCAAAUGAUACCAUGUCUUGACUGUAUUGUUUUUUGAAUCAUAUAUUUUCAUGAAGCAAUAUGCCCUAGUGUUAUAAUGACGGACAAAUUUGGACUAGGGAGCGGCCAUGAAGCAAGACAAACAAUGAACGGUGACAUUGACGAUGGCCAUGCUCCUCUGUUUAUAUCUACUGAAGAGGAAAGCACUGUGUCAAAGAGGAACAAGACAGUCCACAACUCUACUGAGAAAAAACGUAAGGAGCAGAUCCGAUAUUGGAUUCAGCAGAUUGGGGAGCAGCUGCCUCCACUUGUCACCACAAAAUCCGAAAAAGAAAGACACGGCAGGAGCACUCUGGAAAUUGUGGAAAAAGCAUGUACUUACAUAAAAGAACUGAAAGGGAAAAUUGGACAUGAUGAUGAGCUGCAGAAAGUUAGCAUGGAGCUUGAAAACAUGAGGGCAGAACGAGAUAGGUUGCAGGAAAUCCUUAAAAUGGCAGGGUAUGCUGCCACCCAAGAGGUCCCGCCCCAAGGCACGUCUGUCCCUGUCUCGGAAGCAGCAGCAGAACAGGAGAAGAAAAAGACCAAGAAAAGAAAUACGAUCAACCUACAGCUAGAGCUGAAAAAGCAACAGGCAGCUGCAGCCCAGCAGCAACAGCAAGAGAAUCAGCAACAGCAGAAUGCAGCUUUGGCAACAGGUGCUGCGGGUAUGCAGGAUGUUCUUGCACAGGGUAUUGUGGGUAAUCCCAUGACAAACUUUCCUAACAUGAUGAUAGGUGGUGCUGGGCAGCAACUGAUUAACCAACAGAUGUUUAUGAAUUCCAUGAUGUUUGGUGUGCCCCCUGCUGGUGGCAGUCAGAUGCCCAUGGGAGGUAAUCCAUGCAUGCAGGCUCAGACCCAUUUUACACAAGGUUUACCUGGUCAGUCUAUGACUGGACAACAGUCUGAUAAAAAUGCUGCUGAGGCCGGGGCUGGUCUUCUCCAACUGGCCAUGCAGGAUGCUGGCAUCACCCCCAGUAGUAACAACAAUCCCUCCCAGACUGAGGACUCUGUGUCCACGUCCUCCUCCGUGCAGAGGUCCAGUGCCCCUGACCAGAGCACGGUCAGCUCUGCCCUUCACACAUUAGCAUCUGUAGCCUCUAAUACUCAGAAUGUGACAAACAUUUCUCAGAUCCCAGCCAGUCAGGUUCAGUCCAAUGCUUCAAUGAUUCAAACAGGUGCUACCACGACAACCACUCAGUCAGUCAAUUCUGUGGCACCGAUUAUGGCUACUGGUCAACAGAACUUGAAUGGAACAAACAAUGUGAUGAAUAUGCCAUUUGUGAAUGGACAACAACAGAUGGCUACAAAUGUUAUGCCUGGAAAUCAAAUUGUGAACCCUGGGACAUCUAAUGCUAUGCAGCAGAUCAUGUUCAUCAAUGAACAGGGGGUGCCAUGCAUUGCAAAUGUCCCCGUGGGAAUUGAUCCGGCAUCUCUUGGACUUCCAAAUAUGGGGAAGCAAAUAGUGGGUGGUAAUUUGUUGAUUCAGAAGGAUGACCAGCAGACAGUUCUAGCAAACAAUUUAGCUCAACAGCAAAUGAAUCUAGCAAUGCAGGGUAUACAGCAACAACCUUUUCAACAAGGACAAACAAAUGUGACAAUGGGAGGGAAUAACAUUGUCCAACAGCCAGUGAACAAUCAACUGGCCCUAAAUCAGCAUAUCAUGCAACCCAUGCAGGGCCCCAUCCAAGGCUUGAGCAACCCCCAGAACCCACAGGGACUCAUUCUGCCUGCAAGCCAGACAGGAAAUCUCCUGACUGUGAAUUCUGUUCCAAAUUUUUCUAAUCCUCAAAGCCAACUUCCACAGGCCUUGCUCUUACCAAAUGGCCAGAUCAUACCAGUUGUUUCCAACCCAAACCUGUUUGCACCUGGACAGGCUCCAGCAAAUCAGCUGAUUACCCCUGGGGGUCAGCCCAAUGCAAUCCAGCAGGGAACGGGAAUCCCUCAGCGCUUACCAGUUCCACAAAACAUUGUCCAGCCUGAUGGUUCACAGAUGCUGGUUACAAGUACUGGACAGAUACAGGUGGCUCCUCAGAAUAUGAAUAUUCAAGGGCAAGCUACUGUGCAACAAGGAUUGUUAAUGACAACAAAUUCCAUCCUUCCGCAGGUGUCUCCCUCAACUAGUUCCACAGCGUCAGGGACCACAAGUUUAGUGUCCACAUCUGUCAUCACGAGCACUGUGACCUCAACCUCUGGGGUCACGGUCAACCGAAAGCCGAAAACCUCUUCUAGUGCUACUACAUCUGCAGAGGAAGUUAUAUUGACUCAGAAUCAGGCAAAUCUAGUUCAAACUGGUAUGGACAGUUCUACGCCUGUGACAUCACAAGUGAUGACCUCUGACCCCAACAGUGCUUCAAUGAAGAUAUUGAAUCCACAGUUACAGAGUGUGUUACAUGGACAAUUGGGAGGGUCAACUGCUCCUAUACUGCUGACAAUGAACUGCAAUGGUCAGCCCACCAGUAUUCUUGUGGAUCCAACAACCAUGCAGGUCUUAGGAACUGUGCAAACACAGCAACCUCCUCAGCAACCCAACCUGAAUCCAACCACUUCUGUUAGCACCAGCACUCCAAGUAAAAAGAACAAGAAAAAUGGACAGCGAGCCAUCUGCCCUAAACCUCAAGUGGCCAACACCUCUAGUGCUAUUACCACUGUAACAAGUGUAAUGAAUCCCAUAGUGGGACCAACUGUGACACUACCUACACAAGCAAAUCCUUCCAUCGCAGCAGGUGUUUGGAAUUCCGAUAAAGAAUCCAUGGAAGUCUUGCCUCCUCCAAGUGCACCCACUUCCAAAAAGUCCUCCUCCAAAUCAAAAUCAAAGUCCAAAUCCAAUAAAGGAAAUACAGAGACUCAACUUGAAGCACAGGGGAAAACAGACAGUGGUGAAAUGGGGGAACAAGAUAUUCUGGCAAAAGCUGCUGAGUCAAUUUUUUCGGAAAUUUCUCCUGUGAACUUUUAUAAUCCGGCAAAUGAGGACAAUCCACUUCAGAUUGAUACAAGUGUGUGUGAGGGUGAGGAUGAGGGGAAAGAAAGUGAGUCACCAAAAAAAGAUGCAAACAAAGGGAAAGUGUCCAGUGCAGGUGCUACAGACAAUUCUUCGGUGUUGGAUUCUGAAAUGAUUGAAUCUAAUACUGAUGAUGUGAAAAACAAAAACAAGAAGGACUUUUCUGACUCUUUAAAAGAACAAUCUUCAGACGAAAAUGAUAUUUUAACAAAUAUUUUGAAGGCAGCAGAGUCUAAUGAACAAGAAAAAGCUUCAGAAACUGGAAAUAAUAAUUCAAAUAAUCAAGUAGGUGAAACUUUGUUUGAUAUCGUGUCAAACACUGCUGUUGAAACUGCAAAAAAAUCCAAGAAAUCCAAAAAAUCCAAAUUAGGAAAUAAUACUGCUGAAAUAAGUGAUUCUAGCUCGAAAGAUUCACCAGCACUGAUAAGUCUGGAGGACAAACUCAGCACACAAAGUUCUAAAAAAUCUAGCAAGAAAUCAAAGAAGUCUGAACAAGAAAAUUCAUUGAAAGAGUCUGUGGUUGAGCAGGAGUCUCUGAUGUCAAUGCCAGAGGAAAUCACCUUCUGUGAAAAUGAUAUUGAGGAUGUAUUGAACCAAGUGGAGAAAAUGGGAAAUUCAUUUGGAAGUCCUACAAGCAGUGUUGGUAAGAAAUCAUCAAAGUCAAAGAAGGACAGAAGUGAGAAUGUGGAUUCAGAACCUGCAAACAAAAGGAGAAAAAGAAAUGUCUCCAAAGAGAAAUCGAAAGAAGCAGGAGAACCUUCACUACAGGCCUCAACUGCUGCCAAACCUUCCAUGUCAGUGUAUGAUUUUGAUGAAGACACAGACUUCUCCACUCCACUUUUUCCACUUCACUCCUCUAGAAAUUUAAGUGGAGGACCGAAUACUAAGAACCAAACGGCCUCUUCAAGCAGUGAUAAAACUCCUACCUCUUCUUCCAGUCCGCUUUUUUCCAUGCCAGUGAUAACAACUGAACCAGGCUCAUCUACCACUCCCCUAUUUGAUGAUUUUCCUAUGACUCCCAAAAAGCGUGGAAAACACAAAAAGAACAAAAAAGUGGAGGAGAAAAUAUCUGAUGUUUCAGUUUCCAAAAAAGCAGAUAAUGAUCUCUUGAAUUCACAUAACAGUCUGGACAGGUUAGGUUCUGAAAGUAGGACAGAUAGUGAUAAAAAUACAACCAGUGAUGUGACUAAGAAAAGCAGUGAAAAUUGUUUAGAGAAAAUGGAUGUACAGUACUCUUCAAAAGAUAAUGGAUUUUUGAGCAAGUCUGAUACAAGGCAGCAUUCUGUGAAUUUUCCUAGUGAACAAUCGAACAACAAAAAUUCUUCAUCCAUUUCUUUUGAAUCUCAAGGGAACACGGAACAACCGAUGUCUAUAACAACACAAAAUAUGGAUUCUAACAGGCAAGAUAGGUCAGAGGGAAAUUUGAAUACAAGGAGACCUACAGCAUCAAGAUCAAAUGUUGAUCAGAUGUCUGUUGAUACAAAUCCUCUAACAGUAGAUACAAAUGACAUUGAAUCAACAGUGAACAAUUUACUUGGACUUUCUCCUCAUAUGCUAUCGCCGAGCAACAUGAGGCAUAAACAAGUGCAACAAUCACCACAAUUACAGACCCCAAAGUCCAACUCGCCAGCUUCCAUGAAGUCUCCCAUGACUUCCCCAGCUAUUGCAUAUCAGCAGCAGACACACAUGCCAAAUGAUCACAUGGCUCGUCCGUCUGCUUCAUCCUCCAUAUCUACCAAUCCUGAUUUGACAUAUUCUGCUGAGUCUCUGUUUAGUUCUCAGUCAAAGCAUUUGGACAGUUCAAGAGGAAUUGAUACCAACUCCUCUCAGCUGCCACAGACAACAAGGAUGUCUGGUAACACAGAUUCCAUGAUGAAGUCAACUGAAGAGAGCACUAGCGCAGCGAGACCUAAAUCUAUAUACUCUGCCGACAAUUUUGUUCACAGUGCUAAAAAUGACAAAUCAUCCAAAUCGGCACCAAAUGUGAUUAGUCCUUCAAUGUCCACAAGUUUGUCUCGUGGUCAAAAUGAAAAUAGUUCAGAUGGCUUUAAUUUUAAUAACAUUGGUCUCAAUUUAUCGACACCAACAACAUCCACAAAUUCUUUCAUGGACAGUUUGACAAUGUCUCCAAUAAUAUCAACUGUUGCAAAUACAACAUCUUCAUCAACUCCAUUUACUUUCACAUUGUCUUCAAAUUCAUCAACCCACACUACAUCCACUGCAUCUAUGAUGCAGUCACCUGCUUCCCAAUCCCAGAACUCGUCACAUCAAGGGAACCACAAUUUCCCAUUUUAUUCUCCACAUCAGUCGCCACAGAGACCACCAUCUCACCACCAAAGGCCACCAACCACAUCUGCCUCUCCACAGCAUACAAACUCUGCUCCAAGCAACAUUUCAUCUAAUCAGUCUCAAAGACCUCCAGUGAACAAUCUGUCAAAUUUUGACCUUAAUCUACCACCUUCCAACUCACAAAUGCCAUCUUCACAAUCUUCACAGCGUAGAUCUUCCCACGAACAUGAUGCCAGAAUGUCACAACAUAUGCCAGCUAUGGCUGAUUCACAGUAUUCUUAUGGUAUGUCAAGAAAUUGCUCAGUCCAGGAUCAAAGACAAAGAGAACAAACUACAAUGCCAAGAGAAGAACCACCCAGUUUUCCAAAUAUCACAGUAACAACCCAUGAGGGACCACUGAACAUGGGUAUGAGUAAAUCAAACCCUCAUAAGCGAAUGAAUGACAUUGGGCAAGGAAGCAUGUCUUCAAAAUCUACCAGUGAUUCCAGGUCGGAUAGGACUUCAGGAGGAGGCUACAGCAUGAACAGUAGCAUGCAGCCAUUUUUUCCUCCUCCCAACUUCUCUAAUUCUUCUAGUAAUCCAUUGGAAACACCUCCUCUGCACCAUCCUCCUAUGUUGGGCAGUGAUAACCGAGGCAGUAUGGGUGUGCGGGGUUUUAACCCAGUAUUUUCAUCCUCACAAAGUUACAAUCCAGUGCAGCAGAGUUUUGGUGGAAAUAGGUAUGAAAGUAACAAUGUACCACCUUUUUCACAGAGAGAUUCAUCAGGCACUCAGCCUUUGAGUCACACUCCACCCAAUCAAGUGAUGGAUGGACGGAAAUCUGCUAACACCCCAUCAUCUCAAACAGCAAAGAGUAACAAACAGCCAUCUCAACCAAUGCAAGGAAGCCAAACUAACAGAACAAUGAAUGGACCACCUUCACACCGGUCAGGGCCUACCCCUCCCCAGGCACAACCACAGACAUCUCACAGACCAACUCCACAGCAACAGCUUUCACAGCCUCAAUCUCAACAAUCUAGGUCAAAAUCAUCAAGCUCAAGUUCAAGGUCCUCUUCGUCUAAACAAUCACAGAAGAAAAAACAAAACUAUGUCGAAAUGGAAAGUGGUAUCCCCCCUCAUCCUGCAAUGUUUGAGGCCAACAGAAUGACCCCUCUGUUUCCCCUCCCCCAAGCUCGAUCUCCACCAUUCCCAGCUAAUUUAUUUGGAUCUGGACCACACCAGGGUGCCUCUAUGUCAAAAAAUUCAGAACUUAGUAGCCCUUUCAAUCAGUUAUUUCCACCAGCUCGCCCUCAGAAUGGACUAGGAUUCCAAUUCAAUAAUUUUGGAAUGAACAGUGUACAUAGUGCCAUGUCUAAUUCCCCCCAAAUAACUCCCCAUUCUGGAAGUGUUACUGUAACUCCACACAUGUCAAAUUUCACCUUUACAAAUAUUUUCUCGGAUGUGAACAACUCUUCACAGAAUGACGCUCUCAACAUUUCUCCAAUUAAAUUCCCUCAUCCAAAUCCCAUGCUUCCACAUCAGGGUAUGGAUCCCAACUCACUGCAUCAUCCACAUCAACAGGGAUCAUCCAUCUAUCACCACCACAACAGAGCUCAUCCAUCAUCCGUCAUCCACAAUGCCAUGAACAUCAAUAGCAUUCUAGGCCAUAAUCACCACAGUUUUGAUUCUAGAGGAAUGUCCCAGGGGAUGAAUACCUCCGUAGCCCCUCCUUUUCCUGGACAUGGGCACCCUCCAGGUUUUGGCAUGCCCCCUCUGAAUUUCUCCAUGCAUGACACAUGAGAUAAAAUUUAGAAAAAAAAAUGUCCAUUCCUUUAAAUAUGUACUGUACUUUUGUGAUCAACUUUUGCAUUUACUUUAUUAUUUGUGUAAAGAACAAAAUGUGCCAUACUGUUGUAUAACUUGGUCUUAAUCGAAAAGUAAAAAGCAGCAUUUUGAAAAGUUUAUUCGAGUUGUCACAGUAUUAGAAUGUUACCUGGUAAAUUUGUACUGUUUUAAAGUAUUUUUGAAAUAUAAGUUCAAUAUAAGUUUCUAAAUUUUUUCUUUUUUAUUAUAUGCAGUCUAAUGAAUUUGAU